UCACCGCGCCACGGCGGGUGUCGGCCUGGGCACACCCAGGCGCGCAGGUCUCCGCGCUGACCGUAGGGCGCGAGCGGGAAGCCGGACCCUCCGCACCUGCAGCGUCCUCGGGCUCGGCGGACCCCGCGCGGACACCUGUGGCUGCGCCCGGUGCGUCCCCCGGGCCAUGGCGCACGUGGAGGCGGCGGCUCUGCGAGGCCCCCGGGGCCGCUUGUGAGCUGGGGACCGGAGGAGGGACCCGGCGCGGAGCCGCGGGCACGAUGCCUUUCCUUCCCAAGGCGAGGGCGGCCGGGCGAGCGGUGGCCCUGGCCCUGGUGCUGCUACUCCCCGCCGUGCCAGCGGCCGCGCUCCGCCUGCAGCCCACCAUGCCCCACGUGUGUGCUGAGCAGGAGCUGACCCUGGUGGGCCACCGCCAGCCCUGUGUGCGGGCCUUCAGCCAAACGGUGCCCGUGUGGAAGCCGGGCUGUGGCCGGCAGGUGUGGUGCGUCAGCCACGAGCGGAGAACCAUCUACUACACAAGCUACAGGCAGGUGUACGCCAUGGAGGCCCAGACCGUGUUCAGGUGCUGCCCGGGGUGGAGCCAGCAGCCCGGUGACCGGGGCUGCCUCUCCCCUGAAUGUAGUGCUGGCCUCUGUUUUAAUGGUGGCCGCUGUGUGCCCGGCUCAGGCCAGCUGUGCCACUGUCCCCAAGGCUUCCAGGGUCCUCGCUGCCAGUAUGAUGUGGAUGAGUGCCAGGUACACAACGGCGGCUGCCAGCACAGGUGUGUGAACGUGCCAGGCUCCUACCUCUGCGACUGCAGGCCUGGCUUCCGGCUCCACGCGGACGGCAGGACCUGCCUGGCCAUCAACUCCUGUGCCAUGGGCAACGGUGGCUGCCAGCACCACUGUGUCCAGCUCACGGUGACCCAGCACCGCUGCCAGUGCCGGCCCGAGUUCCAGCUCCAGGAGGACGGCAGGCGCUGUGUCCGGAGAGACCCGUGCGCAGACCAGAACGGCGGCUGCAUGCACACGUGCCAGGCCCUCCGGGGCCUUGCUCACUGUGAGUGCCACACGGGCUACCGGCUGGCGGCCGACCGCAAGGCCUGCGAAGACGUGGAUGAAUGUGCCAUGGGGCUGGCCCAGUGUGCCCACGGCUGCCUCAACACUCUCGGGUCCUUUAAGUGUGUGUGCCACGCGGGCUAUGAGCUGGGCGCCGAUGGCCGGCAGUGCUACCGGAUAGAGAUGGAGAUCGUGAACAGCUGUGAGGCUGACAACGGUGGCUGCUCCCACGGCUGUAGCCACAGCAGCACGGGGCCCCUCUGUACCUGCCCCCGCGGCUACGAGCUGGACCAGGACCAGAAGACAUGUAUUGAUGUGGAUGACUGUGCCGACUCACCGUGCUGCCAGCAGAUUUGCACCAACAGCCCUGGUGGGUACGAAUGUAGCUGCUAUGCCGGCUACCGGCUCGGUACCGACGGCUGCAGGUGUGAGGAUGUGGACGAGUGUGCCUCCGGCCGUGGCGGCUGUGAGCAUCACUGCGCCAACCUGGCCGGCUCCUUCCAGUGCUCCUGCGAGGCCGGCUACUGGCUAGAUGAGGACCGCAGGGGCUGCACUCCCCUGGAGCUACCCGAGGUGGACCUGGAGGGCCAGCUGCCCUUUGUGCGGCGCCCCCCGCACAUCACGGAGCUCCGGGACGAGCUGCCCCACCUCUUCCAAGACGACUACGUGGCGGCCGAGGAGGAGGAGGCAGAGGCCCGGGGCGAACACACUCUGGCGGAGAAGUUUGUCUGCCUGGAUGACUCCUUUGGCCAAGACUGCAGUUUGACCUGCGACGACUGCAGGAACGGAGGGACCUGCCUCCCGGGCCUGGACGGCUGCGACUGCCCCGAGGGCUGGACCGGGCUUGUCUGCAAUGAGACCUGUCCUCCAGACACCUUUGGCAAGAACUGCAGCUUCUCCUGCAACUGUCAGAACGGUGGCACCUGCGACCCCAUGACGGGGGCCUGCCGCUGCCCUCCGGGUGUCAGCGGAGCCCACUGUGAGGAUGGCUGCCCCAAGGGCUUCUACGGCAAGCACUGCCGCAAAAAGUGCCACUGCGCCAACCGGGGCCGGUGCCACCGCGUCUAUGGGGCCUGCCUCUGUGACCCGGGGCUCUAUGGCCGCUUCUGCCACCUGGCCUGCCCGCCAUGGGCAUUCGGGCCGGGCUGCUCGGAGGAGUGCCGAUGUGAACAGCGGAACACGCGUGCCUGCGACAGGAGGGACGGCAGCUGUUCCUGCAAGGCCGGCUUCAGGGGCGAGCGAUGCCAGGACGAGUGCGAGCCGGGCUUCUUUGGGCUGGGGUGCCGGCAGAUGUGCGCCUGCCCUCCGGGCGCAGCCUGUGACCCCGUCAGCGGCGAGUGUGGGAAGCAGUGUCCUGCUGGCUACCAAGGGAAGGCCUGUGACCAAGAGUGCCCAGAGGGGACGUUCGGUGUGAACUGCUCGGGCUCCUGCUCCUGUGGGGGCGCCUCCUGCCACCGGAUCACGGGGCAGUGCCAGUGCCCUCCUGGGAGGACCGGGGACGACUGUGGGGCAGAUUGUCCCGAGGGCCGCUGGGGGCUUGGCUGCCAGGAGAUCUGCCCGGCGUGUGAGCACGGGGCCACUUGUGAGCCUGAGACCGGAGCCUGCCUCUGCCUCCCUGGCUACACGGGCAGCCGCUGCCAGGACGCCUGCCCAGCAGGCUGGUUUGGGCCCGGCUGCCAGAUGAGGUGCUCCUGUGCCAAUGAUGGACACUGCCACCCGGCAACCGGACAUUGCAGCUGUGCCCCUGGGUGGACCGGCCUCAGCUGCCAGAGACCCUGUGACAGCGGGUACUGGGGACCUGACUGCAGCCACACCUGCAACUGCAGCGCAGGCCACGGGAGCUGCGAUGCCGCCAGCGGCCUGUGCCUGUGCGAGGCCGGCUACACGGGCCCCCGGUGCGAGCAGCAGUGUCCCCAGGGCCACUUCGGGCCAGGCUGUGGGCGGCGGUGCCAGUGUGAGCAUGGGGCAGCCUGUGACCACGUCAGCGGGGCGUGCACCUGCCCAGCCGGCUGGAGGGGAACCUUCUGCGAGCACGCCUGCCCAGCCGGCUUCUUUGGCAUGGACUGCCGCAGUGCCUGCAACUGCACCGCGGGAGUGCCUUGCGAUGCCGUGAAGGGCUCCUGCCUCUGCCCGGCCGGCCGCCGGGGCCCCCGCUGCGCCCAGACUUGCCCGGCCCACACCUACGGGUACAACUGCAGCCGGGCCUGCUCCUGCUUUAACGGGGCCUCCUGUGACCCUGUCCGUGGGCACUGCCACUGUGGCCCUGGCUGGACAGGCCCCACCUGCCUGCAGGCCUGCCCCGCGGGCCUGUACGGCAAGGACUGUCAGCAUUCCUGCCUCUGCCAAAACGGGGGCACCUGUGACCCUGUCUCGGGCCACUGCACCUGCCCAGAGGGCUGGGCUGGCCUGGCCUGUGAAAAGGAGUGCCUCCCUGGGCGCUUUGGAGCCGACUGCCAGCACAGCUGCGGAUGCCUCAAUGGCGGCCUCUGUGACCGGCACGUGGGCCACUGUAUCUGCCCGGCCGGCUGGACUGGGGACAAGUGCCAGAGCCCCUGUGCCGAGGGCACAUAUGGGGCUGGCUGUGCGGAGCGCUGUGCCUGCCGGCGGGGAGCCACCUGCCACCACGUCAUGGGGUCCUGCCUCUGUCCCCCAGGAUGGAGGGGCUCACGGUGCGAGAAUGCCUGCCCGCCUGGCUGGUUUGGAGAGGCCUGUGCCCAGCACUGCCAGUGCCCACCUGGUGCUGCCUGCCACCAUGUCACUGGGGAGUGUCGCUGUCCCCCAGGCUUCACCGGGCCCGGCUGUGAGCAGGCCUGCCCGCCCGACACCUUUGGGGAGAGCUGUGGGCAGAAGUGCCAGUGUCCCGGCGAGAACCAGGCCUGCCACCCGGCCUCGGGGGCCUGCGUGUGCGCUGCCGGCUUCCACAGCGCCGGCUGCCGGCUACGGUGCCCACCCGGACGGUUCGGGCCAGGCUGUGAGCAGCUGUGUGGGUGUCUCAACGGUGGCUCCUGUGAUGCGGCCACAGGGGCCUGCCGCUGCCCCGCUGGGUUCCUCGGGACCGACUGCAGCCUCGCUUGUCCCCAGGGCCACUUCGGCCCUGGCUGUGCCCACGUGUGCAAGUGUGGGCAGGGGGCAGCCUGCAACCCCGUGACGGGCGCCUGCACCUGCCCCGCGGGGAGGACCGGCGUCCACUGUGAGCACAGCUGUCCCCAGAACCGGUUUGGAGUGGGCUGUGAGCACGUGUGUUCCUGCAGAAAUGGGGGUCUAUGCCAUGCCACCAAUGGCAGCUGCUCCUGCAGCCUGGGCUGGAUGGGGCCGCGCUGUGAACUGGCCUGCCCCCCAGGGCGCUACGGCGCCGCCUGCCGCCUGGAGUGCUCCUGCCGCAACAAUGGCACCUGUGAGCCCACCACGGGUGCCUGCCGCUGCGGUCCCGGCUUCUAUGGCCAGGCCUGCGAGCACCCCUGUCCCCCCGGCUUCCACGGGGCUGGCUGCCAGGGGGCGUGCAGGUGUCAGCAUGGAGCCCCCUGCCACCCCGUCAGUGGCCAAUGCCUCUGCCCCGCCGGCCUCCAUGGCCAGUUCUGCGAGAGGGGGUGCGAGCCUGGCUCAUUCGGAGAGGGCUGCCGCCAGCAGUGUGACUGUGAGGGUGGGGUGCCCUGUGACCCCGUCACUGGCCACUGCCUUUGCCCCCCGGGUCGCAUGGGGACCACCUGUGACCUUGACUGCAGAGGGGGCCUCUUUGGGCCGGGCUGUGCCCUGCGCUGUGACUGCGGGGGUGGGGCUGACUGCGACCCCGUCAGUGGGCAGUGCCACUGUGUGGACGGCUACACAGGGCCCACAUGCCAGCAAGGUGAGUCGGGCUCCCAGGGGAGAGGAAGGAGGAUACUGUGCCCCUCAGUCCCACCCCUGGCCGAGGCCCUGUCUCUCCUACCCAUCCCUCCUCCCCACACGCAGAGCUGGCUGGGCCGGGCUAGCCUGUGCUAACGUCACCAUCCCCUCAUGGUACCCAUGGUGUCUGCACGGUUUCCGGUGAGUGAGGUGCGAAUGUUACAGCCACUGGACCAUGAGGCAGGGCUCACCCAUGCUGCCAGCAUGAAGCAGCCCCACUUCUCCAGCCCCAGACAGCAGCAAGGGUGGGCUCAAACUGCAGAUGGCCAUGACCCCACGGGCAGGGCUGGGUGUUCCAUUGUGGGUGGGCACUGACCCAGCCCCCCAUCCCACCCCCUCCUUGCCUUGCCCGCACAUGGACCAGGGCAUGAAGGUGUGCCUGUGUGUGUGUGCAGUAGUGUGUGUGUGUGCUCCGUCAGUGCAUGCUAACGCCUGUGUGCCCCACUGUGUGCGCUCCAGUGCAUGUAUGCUCCAGUGCACACGUGUGCUCCAGUGCGUAUAUGUGCCCCAGUGCAUGUGUGUGCUGCAGUGCAUACGUGUGCUCUAGUGCAUGUGUGUGCUCCAGUGAGUAUAUGUGCCCAGUGCAUGUGUGUGCUGCAGUGCAUACGUGUGCUCCAGUGCGUAUGUGCCCCAGUGCAUACGUGUGCUCCAGUGCAUAUAUGUGCCCCAGUGCACGUGUGUGCUCCAGUGCGUAUAUGUGCCCCAGUGCAUGUGUGCGCUCCAGUGCAUGCGUGCGCUCCAAUGCAUGCAUGUAUUCCAGUGCAUCCAUGUGCUCCAGUGCACAUGUGUGCUCCAGUGCACGUGCGUGCUCCAGUGCAUCCAUAUGCUGCAGUGCACACAUGUGCUCCAGUGCAUACGUGUGCUCCAGUGCAUACGUGUGCUCCAGUGCAUACAUGUGUUCCAGUGCGUACAUGUGCUGCAGUGCACACAUGUGGUCACACGCACCCACAGGCAUAGUCAGGGAAGCUGCAAUGACCGCACCAUGGCCUCUCAGCCCCCUGAAGCUCUGGGGGGAAUGUGCUGUCAGCAGGCACAGCUCCGGGGUGCCCCUGCUCCUCUGGCCAGCCAGGCCCCUCUGGUGUCCCCUGGUCAGCUCCGCAGGCCCAGCCUGCUGUUGGGAUGGCCCUGUGCGCACUGGGAGCAUUGUGUCUGCAGAGGCCGGCCCUGCAGAUGGGGUGAAGGGGGAGCUGUGAGCACAGAUUCCAGACUGGGGCCCUCGACUUGGGAGCCCCAAACACAGGCUUGAUGUGGUGUAUGCAUGCAUCUUGUUGAGCCUCCAAGGCAGCUGUGGCCCCAAACUGUUAAAAGCCCUUAGGGGAAGGAUUCCUCCUCCCACAGUGAGUGGGGUCGGGGAGGUGGAGGCAGAAAUUGCAGGGCUGGUGCCUGGGCGGAACCUGGUGGUCAGGUAUGGUACUGCACUGCAGCCCCAGCCCUGGGCAGCCUUGACAUUUGCCUGGGGGGUCUGGAGCCAGAGAUACACCUGCCGGAGCCACCCCCGACCCCCGCCGCUGCCCGAGGAAUCUCCUGCGUGAGGCUAGGUGGGAAGGAGGAUAGGCAGGGCCUUGCUGUCUCCUGCCCUGGAGUGGACCUGGCUUGACCUCGAGUGAAGCCCUCCCAUCCUACCCACAGCCCUGCCUCCCAGUCUUCCGUGCUUCCCAAGCAGGACAGAGCUGGGAGCUUUAAUUUGAGAGGGGAGCCCCCCGUGUGCAUAGGAGCGGGAGCAGGCUCUGCAGGGUGGGAGUGGGGGUCCCUGCAGGGCUGAGUGGAGGGUCUGAUGGUGGGUGCCAAGGGUCCUCGGGCACUAGCGUGAGCUACUGUCUGU